AUGGAAAACUUUGAUGUCACUCAACACAUCAAUUUCUUCGAAAAGGUGGUGAAUCUCGAAAACUUUUCGCCGCACCAGACAUUAAGUAAAGUGAAACGCCCGGCAAACCAAUUUCUCGUGUUUCGAAAAAAUGUAGCCUUGCUAUUAAAAAGUAAUAAUGUUGGUUGGUCGUCACAUAUGAAAAGAGUUACGGCGCUUGCAAGUACUAUUUGGAAAGGUGCAAACGAACAGGAAAGGAAACCUUUUGCAGACAUCGCCGAUGAGAUUAAAAAAAAGCACAAGAACGAACAUCCCGAGUACGCGUAUCGUCCCGUGAAGAAGAAUAACGAUUUUAAGAUUUAUAAUCCAACUGCGAAAAAAGCUAAUAAAAAACAAACAAAAUCAAAUUGCUCUUCUCCGUCUCCGAUUACUAUUCCUACUGAUACUAUACUG